UGCCAGGCUCGAAAUAAAAAGUUCAAAAUUGUUUCAAAAUUCUUGUUUUCCAUCGGGGUUCCAUCGAGGUUAUACUGAGAUUCUUUCGGAGUUAAGCAGCGACAUGCAUUUAAUGUGUGAACGGAUAUCCUCGGUUUUUGCCGGUAUACUUGCUGGACUCUGGUUUGCCAAGACCUUCCCCAAGGAGGCCGAGGAUGCCAAGAAGGGCAAGGACAAGAAGAAGUAGGCCAAUCAUCAUUUAAGUCUAAUUAGUUCAUCUCGAGCUUAAG